UAAUGAUAGGAUAUCAUCAAUAAUUCAACGUUAUAUUACGAAUAUUCCAAUAACUUAUUGUACGUCAUUAAAUAAUAUUUAUAUAGGCAAUGCUACAAUGAUUGACACUGAAGAAACUAAGGAAUGAGUACCAAAUCGGGAACAGCUCUCUUUUGGUUAAUGUUAGGCGUAACAUGUUUAUAUAAAGUGUUUGCAGUGUGUCCCCCGCCAGAUACAAUACAGCCAUGCAUUUGUACAAACCGAAACGAAGAUGUUCAGAUAUGGUGUACCCACAGCGACUUACAGCAAGUAUUAAAAGGUGUACAAAAAAUUGGAGAGUUUGUAAGAAAGCCUAUAGACGAAUUGAUAAUUGAAAAUAAUUACCUACCAUCUCUGCCAGGGAAGUUAUUCCAAAAUGUAAUAAUUCAAAGAUUAAUGUUGCGUCACAAUGGAAUCGAACGUACGUCGUCAACAUGGCUGGAGACACAAGAAAUGAAUUUAGUUGAAAUAUUCAUAGUUGAAAACGAAUUGAAAAGUAUCCCAGCCGAAAGCUUAGCCAAAUUACAAAAUGCCCAAGCAAUAACUAUUCAUUCAGACAGCUUACGGCGAAUUCCUACCUUCGUAAACAAUCCAAAACUUAAAUACAUCAGUAUAGAAACAGAAAGUUUGACUAGUAUUACAAAACAAACAUUCUCAAAUCUACCAAAACUUGAAAGAUUAUUCAUUCGUGGAAGUGCAAAUUUGCAUAUUAUAGAGGAAAAUGCAUUUUAUAAUUUGCCUGCUUUGCACACGUUAGAGAUAACCGAUUGUGGAAUAACACAUUUGCAUAUGCGAGCAUUUUCUCUGCUUCCUAAUUUAAAACAGUUAUCGUUGAGUAACAAUGAAAUUUACGAUGCAACUAUGGUCGGUAGAGCUAUCAGGGAUUUACCAAUGUUAACUUUAUUAAAUCUCAAUUACAAUCUAAUAGACAAACUAAAUGAAGGUGCUUUCGUUGAUCAGACUAUGCUCGAGACUUUAUAUUUAUCUCACAACAAUAUAAAUAUCAUCCACCACGGAGCGUUCCACCGAGUACCGAAGCUGCGUAUCGUAGAUUUAAAUUAUAACAAUAUCAUAAGAAUACAUCCCGAGUCAUUCUUACAACAAUCUAGUAGCGGGGUGGAAGAAUUAAGUCUUAUUGGAAAUAAGAUUAUGCACAUUUCUGAAUUUCGUGCGUUAUUGGAUGCGCUACCAAGAUUGAAAUUUCUAGAUAUGAGUGAUAAUUUACUCGAAGAAAUACCUAGAGGAGCCCUCAGAGGUCAUCCGAGCUUGGAAAGGUUACAUCUCAAUAGUAACAGCAUAAAAUUUAUAGAAGGGGAAGCAUUUGUUGCAAUGCCAGCAUUACGGGAACUUCAUUUAAGUAAAAAUUCAUUAGGCGAUCUUAAUGAAGGUCCAUUCUGGAAUUUGCCAUCUUUAAAGGGUUUAGAUUUGUCCCAUAACUAUUUUCAACGUUUACAACCUAAAUUAUUAUACAAUCUACCAUCUCUUAGAAGAAUAAAUAUUAGCAAUAACAAAUUAACAGUUAUAGAUCCUUUAACAUUCAUCGAAACGCCGUUAUUAGAAUAUGUAAACGUAUCCAGUAACGAGCUUGUUUCGAUACACCCUGCAACAUUUAGAAAUUUAGCAAAUCUUUACGAAUUGGAUGCCAGUUCAAAUAAACUAAUUGAAUUUAUACCUGGUUUACCGAGAGGUUUGGAACAAUUAAAUGUACAAAGGAAUCAAAUAACUAGCCUGCCGGUCCACCCAUCUCCAGAUUUAGAUUUGCCAUCACUAAGGACAUUGGACAUUUCAAGUAAUGGCAUACAAAGAAUUGCACCUGGAACAUUUAAAACGCUUCACAACCUAAGGCGACUUUAUAUGAAACGUAACGGCCUUAGGCAAAUUGAUAUUACAACAUUCAGUGAUGUCGCACGUAUGGAAAUUCUAGACUUAAGUUAUAAUCAAAUCAUCUCUAUUCAUUUAAAAAGUUUCACUAAACUAUUAUCUCUCAGACAGAUAAAUUUACAUGGAAAUAAUAUUGAAAAUUUUGAUUUUAUGAUCCUCAAAGAUAAUAAGAAAUUAUCUACACUAGACUUUAGCAAGAAUAAAUUAAAAAGUAUAAAUCCAAAAAUAGCUGAAAGAGCACUACAGAUUGAAGUUUUAAACAUAUCGUCAAAUAAUCUUUAUGAACUUCCGACGAGUCUGAAUGUUUUUGAAAAGCUUAUAAUAUUAGAUGCCAGUUUCAACCAUAUUAAAUUCUUUGACGGCAACGUAAUAAACAACUUACAAGAGAUAAAAGAGAUAAAAUUACCAUAUAAUAAAAUUAUAGAAAUACGAAGUGCCAGUUUCAGAGAUCUAAAAAAUCUUGAAACAAUUGAUAUGGACAGCAACAAAAUUGAAAUAAUACAUUCAUUGGCCAUAGCCAAUCUUCCCAACGUACUAUCUAUUUAUUUGAGUAGAAAUCAUAUAAUUGAUAUUCCUGAUCGUGUAUUCUCAAAUCUGCCAAAGCUAAGAAUUAUUGAACUCCAAGGAAAUCGGUUACAAUUUAUAUCAACACGUGCAUUUGAAAACACACCAUUGGUACAGUAUUUAAAUGUCAGCAACAACCAACUUACGAAUUUGGAAAGUUCCGGAAUAAGAAAAUUAUUUUCGUUAGAGGUUCUAGACUUAAGUUUUAAUAAGUUAACGAAGAUAACAAGUGAAUCAUUCCAAUACAUGGAAUGGCUGGUAGAAUUAAUACUUGAUAACAACCAGAUAUGUCAUAUAAGUGGUCAACCGUUUAAUUCAAUGCCAAGACUAAAAGUUCUUUCACUGCGUCAUAAUAAACUUACUAAUAUAGUGGAAACAAAUUUUGAAAAACUUAGAAACAACAUUGCUAUUUUGGACAUUGAUGGUAAUCCCCUUAUUUGUAACUGCGCUGCGAUGUGGCUGAAAUCAUGGUUACUAGAAUCAACAUCUAUUGGCCCUAAAUGUGCGGACGGCACAUACGUCAAAGGUAUGCCAUUCUCUCGAAAUGACUGUCUCAGUACACCUAUAAGAAAUGACAAUUUGAGAGAUUGCAUCGUGCAUGAUAAUGAAGCACUAUUGCCUAAUUUAGCAACGUCACAAGUUUUCUCGUCGUCGGACAAAAUCAACGGCUAUAUAACACAGGAAAAGAACAACUUACAGGUCAACAAAAUUAACACUCGCCCUACCCCAGAAGAAUCCGAUUAUUUUUACGAUGACUACGUUGAUUAUCCAUUUAAUGAAACUCUUAUAGAUGUUAUAGGUAAUCAAAACAAUAUUACGAAAAAUAAUGAGAAGACCCAAGACGGUACAUUAAAUCCAUCGAAAAUUAAUGCGAAUAUUAAAAACACAAGUAGUCUAAACCCACUAACUCCAUCAAAUAUUCCAAGGAGUGGAUUCACAUUUUUUGGUAUGCCCCUUCCUUCUAUUGAUAUGAGCAAGUUCCUAAAUACAGGCCGGAAAAUAGAUUGGUUUGAAAAACGAAAACAACCGCAGAUGACUAAAUACCAGAAGCCAGUAUUAGAAGUGCCAAAAUUCGAAACUGGUGGUUUUACACCAAUGUUACCCACAACUAAUGGGGGUUUUAUGCCCAUACCAAGCCCAACAAUUGCAGUGCCCGAUACCACACAAGGCACAACUGCUAAAAAUGAACAUACAACUAAUCCAAAUAUACAAGACAUUGUUGCAACAGAAUUUUUACCACCAAGACCACCAAAUCGAAAUAAUACAGUAAAUAGUAAAUCAAAAAGUGAAAUUUAUGAGGCUCAAAUUUUCUCAAAACACAAUAAUGCCACACAAAUAUCUUACAAUAUGACAAAAAAUAUGGAAGAGCAUAUUGAUAGUCCAAAUUUGAUUAAUAAAUAUAAUCUAAUGGAGUCCAGUUUAACUAUAGAACAAGUAACAGAAAGAGAAAAUAUUAUAACAACUGAUACAAGUAAUGAUUUAUCAGUACAAGCAUGGAUGGAAUCCACAACUAGCAUACCAUUUCCAUCACCCAUGCCUACUCUAAAACCACCAAUAAGAAAAGACAUUAUACAUGAGCCAACAGCACUUUCUGCAGUACUAAUACCAAGCAAUGAGGAACUAGAGAGACGUGAAUAUAAACGGCCAGCAACAAUAACAAAAGUCAAUCUUCCACAUCUAGAACACUCUGUAUCUAAUGAAUAUAUUCCUAUAAAUAAUAGAGAACCUAAAACCCGAUUUCCACAAACGCAAAUAAACACAAGUACAAAAAAUGAGGACAAUAAAGACUGGUACUAUAAAAAUUAUAAUAAGUCUAAUUUAGAGCCUUAUAUUGCACCUGGUAUUCAUACUUCUAAUGGACAUUUACUAAAAUAUAAGAACUCUAUUAUUUACUGUUUA